AUGUCCGGCUACAACAAGGGCGAGAAGGACUUCGGCGAGGCGCCCAAGACGCACCGCAUCCGCAUUACGCUGACCAGCCGCAAGGUCGCGUCGCUGGAGAAGGUUUGCUCCGAGCUCAUCGAGCGCGCCAAGUCCAAGGACCUGCGCAUCAAGGGCCCCGUCCGCCUUCCCACCAAGACCCUCAAGGUCACCACCCGUAAGACCCCUUGCGGUGAGGGUUCCAAGACCUGGGAUUGCUUCGAGAUGCGCAUCCACAAGCGCAUCAUUGACUUGAACGCCCCCACCGAGAUCGUCAAGCAGAUCAUCGUCAACAUCGAGGCCGGUGUCGAGGUCGAGGUCACCAUUGCCGCAUAA